AUGUCUAAUAAAGAACUAUCAAAAACUAAUAAUUUGUCUGAAAGUGAUAUUAAUAUUUCACAGUCUUACCAUUAUAAAGAAGAUAAUACGUCACAAGAUUUCCUAGACGAAAUUACUGAAAAAUUAUGUGAUUUAUAUAUAGAAGAAGAAAGAAAAGGAAAUCUUGCUCCAUCAAUUCUUGGUUACUGUUACAUAUCUUUGGCUACUAGGACUAUUCCAAAUAUG